AGUGUGGGGGAUGGGCCGUCAGUCUGGGGCCUGAGUUUGUCAGCUGAUCGGUCAGUCUCGGGUGUUGACUGAUAGAUGAUGGCCGUGCGCUUGCUUGUUUUGCUGCUGUUUGUGUUGACGUCCUGUCGGGGCUCGAUCUCGAUUCCCCCUCACGACGAAGUGGCCCGAAUGGCCCGGUACAUCGUCCAUAAGUCUGACUGGUGCUCGAUGGCCACCAUCUCCACCCAGGAAUCGAUCAAGGGGCUGCCUUUCUCCAAUGUUUUCUCGGUGAGCGAUGGGCCCUUGGAGAAGGGCACAGGUGAACCAUACCUGUACCUGACCCCGCUGGAAAUCUCGGUACACGACAUCCAGGCUAAUCCAGAAGUAUCCCUGGCUAUGUCGUUGGCAACAACGGACUACUGUAGGAAACAGAAGUUUGAUCCCCAAAGCCCACUUUGUUGUCGUGUGAUCCUCUCUGGACGAAUUUUGGAGGUGAACAGCACAGAAAUCGGCUUUGCAAAAGAAGCUCUCUUCAGCCGUCAUCCAGCAAUGCCUGACUGGCCACAUGAUCAUGGAUGGUACUUUGCCAAGCUCAACAUUACCAACAUUUGGGUCCUGGAUUACUUUGGUGGAAUUAAAACAGUAACACCACAGGAGUACUACAAAAUUAAAGCCUGAAUAUGAAAAGAAUUUGACUGGUGAAAGAAGAUCAUGAAUGUUGAUCAGAAUAUUGGAUUUUUCCAGAUUUCCCUCAAUGUUGCAGUGGAAAGGGAGCUUCUUUGAGCCAACUAAAGAAAUGAAUGAUUAUAAGCGAUACUUUAUAUUUUCUAAGAAAGCCCUGCUUUAUUAUCUUGCAAUUUUGAUGAUAUACUUCUGCAAUUCUUCUAAACUGGGAGCUUAAGUCAGGAAUGUUCAGGUUGCCAUAGUUAACAAAAUAUUUUUUAUUUGUCAUAGAACUCACUAAGAUUCUAUAAUACGUAAUAGCUGGAACAAAAUGAUUGACAAUAAGAUUUUUCUAUAAACAGCAAUGUAUAAAGUUGAGAACAAAUUACAAUUUACAAUGUUUUAAAUAAAGUAUAUUUUUCAAAAGAUUAAUUUGUAAUCAAAAAAUAACUCAAAAUAAAUGUAAAUCAAGGAGUAGUAUAUUGAUU